CUCCCUCCCUCCCUUCCCUCCCCGCUCUCCCGGCCCCCAUUCCCGCACUACCCAAGCCCGCGUGCUCGCCCCGCCUCCUCCCAUGGCCGACUGCUACGCGCCGGCGGACAUGGACGAGCUCCACAGGCGGUGGCUGCCGCGGGAGAUCUUUGCCGAUAUUGGCAUCGCCGACGCCGCCCCGCCAUCCGCCGCCGCCGUCGAGGACGUCGCGGUGCACCUCACCGGCAUCCUCGGCAGCAAGGAGGGGCUUCCGCGCCCGCCUCCGCCUCCGCCGGCACCGGCCCCUCACCACCGCCACCACGCGUCGCAGGUCUCGGGGCUGGGAGGGACGGCUCCUGUGGUGUACGGCGGGGGGAGUAAUGGUGGCGGCGUGCCGGCGCCGUGGCCGGUCUUGCCCUACUCGCCGCCCCAGUGGCAGGUCCCGACCAAUUUCGUCAACGGCGGCGGCAGCACCCGUUUCCUGGGCCCAAGGCAUGCUCCGCCACGGCCCUCCCACGGCCCUCCGCCGGCCAAGCGGCGUCUCGGCGGCACCGGUGGUACCGGCGUGUUCCUGCCGCGAGCUCCGGUGUACCAGUACCAGCACAAGGCUGCAACCAAAUCUCCGGCCAAAGGCAGGAAUCCACCAAAGGAGUUACUUCAGGGGCAGUACCAGCCAGUGCAGCAGCAGCAACGCGCAGACCAAGAGGAGGCAGCGGAGACGACGCAGAAGCAAAAGGCAAGCGCAGCAUUGCUAGCGCUGCCCCAGGAGUGGACUUACUGAGCGGGAUGAGAUGAUGGCGAACAAACCAGUGCAGUAGCUAGCAGAUGUUUAGUGUUGUUUUAUCGCGUCAUGCAGGCAGCAAUAAUAAUAAUGAAUAAAAUAUGACUAAUAAGGAGUGCAGUUUUGGUGUAGUAGGGUGGGUGGGAUUACAGUCUUAUAAUAGUACCAUUAGCUGAGAAAACUAUGGCGGAUCCCUUGGUGUAUCAUCAUCUUGUACUACCAUCAGCAGUAAUAAAGUGGCGGCUAUGAUG